AUGCACCUGAGGAAUGCAUCAGAGCUGCGGGACUGCUCAACUGUGUCGCCAUUUAGCGCACAACCGGCCGACACAGUUCAAAUUGGAAUCUCCUGGAGUGUUUUGGGCGCCGAGUCCCUUUGUUUGGGAGCACCAUUCGUUGAUAAUACGGCCCCAGCAUGUCGCAAGUCUCACGGACCUUCUCGAGCAGAAAUCAAGUCCUUCUUCUCAUUCCUAGCUGCGUUUGUGUCUCCUCCUGCGCCGCUACGGCAGCUUAAACAGCAACAACAGCACCUGCCGUAUCAGCAGCAACCGCCAGCAGUACCAAGCUUGUCAGAAGCCCUAGACGGUGUUAUGUUUCUCGCUGCUUGUGCUGUGUCUCACCAAUGGGGCUUGAGCCUUGAACCUGCCAGCAAGUGGUCCCAGGGGCCCUGCCAAGGCGAUUCUGGCGCUGGAGGUCUUGAGUUUUCCUCGAAACAGCAGCAAAGACGGCGAGAUGAUUGGCUUCUGCUAUGUGGAACGCCUUCUAGUCCAUGUUCUGCUGAAACUGUAUCUGUGAGGGCUCUUACAUGGUUCUUGAACUCACUCCGAAAAUUCGUCCCCAGGCUUCCACAAGCGGCUGUCACUCAACUCAUAGCUCCUCUCUUCGUCAUCGGUCGGGAAAUCCGACUGGCACGCUCGCCUUCAAAGCCUUCUCAAGAAGUGCAGGCCCUGGCACAGGCGCUGCUAGACCUGCUGCAGGAAGUGCUACAGCGUGCUGCGGCAGAGGCCCCAAGCUUGCCCUCUGGAGAGACAGUGCAAAGAGUGUCGACAGUGUAUAACUUGCUGUCUGAAUGGAGUAAGAACUUCCCUUCCACUCAGACUGAGAGAUUCACGCCACUGCUGCUGCUAGGGGGAAGUGGAGAUGCAAUUGGCCACUUUCCGGAGGAGGAUUUCGAAGGCCAUCGUGGUGGGAUUCCUAAUGGCACGGCCGCUACUGCUCUUGCCGUAGCCCUGCAGCGCAGCGGAGCUCUCAUGCUGCCUCGGGGAAUUUUGGAGGCAAUAGCGACUAUGGUAGAAGCCUCUGCAGUGGCUGCAGCACGCGGACUAAAAGUUUUUGCACCGCUCCUGGAAGCACAUGGCGGUGUAGAUUCACCCCCUCGACUGCAUCCGCUAAAGGACUGGUCGCACAAAGUCUAUUCACAGCAGCAGCAGACGCUGCACCAGCGUUUGAAUGUGCAGCAGCCAAACACUGGAAAGAAGUCACCACCGUCGCAAACAACUGCUUAUGAAGUGCGUCUGCUGGUGGCAGCACUGGCCUCUUGGCUUCCCGUGUACUACCUUCUCAUGAGACUAGGUGGGGGCAUUUGGCUGCCUGCCGUACAGCAGCUGGCAGAAGUUGCGGCUGCUCAGGGGGCCCGCCUUAUUGAGCUGUUUAUAUCCGAACAGCAGGCCCAACGGGGCAGUGCAGCAAAUGACGAAAAGCGCUGCAGUACGUGGGCUGCCGUAGGGCGGAUGCUAUACGGUGAAGUGCAGCAGUUAUGCAUUGCUCUGGCGCGGCUCCAUUCGCUGAGGCCUCUUAAAGGUACUGGACAAUUUGCUGCAGCUGCUGUGUCAUUUGAUCGCUUCCUUGCACAUCAGGCUUCUGCCUCCGCAAAGACUGGACCAGCAUCUGCAUCCGCACGACUGACACCGCUGGCGUUUUUUAGACCCUUACUGCACACGCAUGAGCCUCCUCGAGAUCUCAGAGAAGCCGAAAGAAGAAUACGUUUUUUCUGUUCACUAGUCACUCUCGGGGCUAAAGACCGAUCGCUUACCAGCGGCGUUGCAGCCUGUCUGCCGUCAGAGAGCGAACUAGACUCUCUCCUAUCCACAGAAUGGCAGACGCAGGAGGAGGCGUUUAGUACCUCUACCGCCGCGGCAGCAGUAAUCUGUGCGCAGCGCCUCUCGCUGAAGGUGCUCCAGCGAUUGCUCUUUGCGUGCAGUUGGAUCGGUGAAUGGGCUCUCGUGACUCAGGGCCUUAAGGUCCUGCGAUACCGCUUGGACACUCUGACGCUGCAGCGCUUGUUGCGCUCGCACACUUCCGCCCGAAACGAGAGUAAUGGUGUUAGUAGCACACAGAUUGGAAGCUUCGCGACAGCAGCUUCAGCACCAGCAGAAACACAGGACAGAAGUGCUGCUGAGCUCGUGGGAAAAACCCUUUCGCUGCUUCAGAGGUCCUCGAGCAUGAGGGGGAGUCCUCCAAAGGGAGAUGGAAAACAGCCACGACCCCUUUCCCCAGAUUCUGACUUGGAGGCGUCUGAGCUGCAGGAUUCCCUAUGUAGCCUCGCGUCUGCUGCCACAUUGUGGGCAGCAGUCAGCGGCUUCGAAGGGCACCAACCAGAAGACGUCGCUCUUCUUACUUUUUCACUCAUUCCAUUUUGGAUCCAGGAGACGAGCGCGGGGGCUUCACCAGUACAUACUGAACAAAACGUUCAGACUAUCCGUUCUGCAGCUGCAGGAACUGCUGCUGUUGACUCAGAGGAGCCACAGACGAAUCAGCAGCGUCAACGAGGUCCUGUGGAAAGGGGACUAACAGUCUCAUCCUUGUUUUACCUUUCGGAACUUUGCGAGAAAAGGGGACCUGAUUUAGCGGCGUGGCCUUCGCCAAUUUUGUUCCUCCUAGCAUACAACAUGCUUCGUCUCCGCCAAGGUACGGGAAUUGAUACCGUCCGGGCCACAUCUGACUCAGCUGCCGCAGAAGCAGCUGCUCCCGGUGUGGGUCCUGCAGUGGGCGCUGUUUUCACAACGGAGCAGCAACAGCAACAGCUCAGCAGCGAAGCAGAAGCAGCUGCUUCCCAGUUGCUGCUCCAUGUGGUCGAGGCUAUUGACAAAAGUGUUUCUUUCCCAGAUUCCGUGGACGCGUGGUGUCGGCAACAGCUCUCUGCGCCAGCAGGACAGUUUCAUCACGAUUCAACAACCACAACUGCAAAUUCACUAGAAACAACUGCAGUAACAAAAGCAGCCACGGCGAGCAUUCCACUUGCUCGGAACCGGAAUAGGAUUCGCCUAGCGGGUAUGAGGGAAGUAGGGUCAUUUCUGUGGGCCUUGAGCCGGGUUGAAGGAGGCUUUGGCGCUCCUGUAGCAAUAGGGACCAAUGAAGCGGCUAGGCUUGCCGCAGGAGUGAACGAGUCGGCUGGAAGUGCGACACGCAACUCCCCUUUAUGGGGAGCUCACCAGAACCGCAAGAGCCUGACUCUACAGGAAGCGUCGCACUUAGCUGCACAAAUCAUCAGACGCCCGGGAGGAUUUGCUGACAAGCUGGCAGUCUACGCCGAGGCAACCCUCAGGGCAGCAAACGAUCAUCUCCUUCAACGAGAAGGCCCACGGGCCUCUGGAUCAUGUGUUUCUGAUGACGGAGAAUCCCGAACACAAUCCGUCGCUUGUGCAACUCCCGCCGAAAGCACACUGGCUGCUCGUAGGCAGGCCUUGCCCCCCGACUAUGGGCCCCAAGCUGUGCUGAGUACAGUGAAGUCGUUUUGUCUGGAAGCUCGAAACAUCGCUAGGCCUCCUGUAUCUCUACCACCGUCAGAAAAGCCUUCCUUAAACUGGCUCGCAACUGCCGGAGUGUCUCUAGGGCUGUUGCUUAGCUUUUAUUCCUCAUGCAAGGCAAUCACGCGGCAUUACAUCCUGUCCGGGAUUCUUCACGCCCCUCUGUUGACUGCGGAGUGCGGGCUGUUGCAGCUGUUUCAUCUUUUGCGGCCGUUGGCCGCUAGUGCCCGCGCAGCCAUGGAGGAUUCGGAACAGGUCACUAAGGAAAAUGUUGGUGUAAAAGGCCUUGAUAUUUCUCCGACCUUGUCAAAUGAUUUCAAGCUAUCUAAUCUGCCACCAGCAGAAGCUGGACAUCAAUAUGCUGGCCAGUCUAACAGUAACAACAGCAUUUUACGACUGCUACGUGGAGCGCCAGCCUUCCUCUUCGCUGCAGCGGCAGCGCUAUUGCGACACUCACAGAUUAUUGCGGGUCUCCCCGUCGAUUCACCUAAAACUGCAGCACAAGUGCAGUUGCUUCUUUUGGCAACCAGCGACUUCGCAGCUUUGCUCCAUGCACAUUGCCACUCAUCGGACGGCUUCUCUGAAGGCUUUAUGGAUCAAAGCACCCCCGCUGCACAUGUACCUUUGGUGACAGCUUCCAGGGAGUUUCGUCACGUGGUGCAAGAAUUGCUAUCCAUAUUCAGCGGGAUUGUGGUUCGGCAUGGCGAGCAGAUUUGUGACUCUCUCCCGUUGCUAGCUGCUGCAGCAGAGGUACUCAGUCGCUGCGGCAGACAGGUAUCCUUGCCACCUGGCUCUAAGAAGGCUGUUGAGUCCUUCGCGUCUGCCGCUAUCGCCGCCCUCCGCCAGCCUGCUUCGUAUAACGGCAGCACGAGAGAAUCGUGUAGCGAUACAGCAACGCAGGGACAGACAUGGGGAGGAACUGAGGGCUUGAAGAGGCUGGCAAUUGCGCUUGAGGCGCUAAAAUUUGUGGAACUCAAGUAA